GAGGCCGCCCGAAGCUGCCAGCGGAGCCGAGCCGAGCCUGCCCGAAGCCUCCGGCGCCGGGGAGCCGAGGCUGCCCGAACAGGGGCCGAACCGGCACGAAGCGGCCCAGUCGAGCCCCGCCGACCGCCAAGAGUCCCGGAACCGAGGAGGGCCGAAGCGGCCCGAAGUGCGGAGCCGAGUCUGUCCGAACUAGUCCGAGGCAGCACGAAGGCUUCCGAGCGGCCCUGCGCUACCCCCUCUUCAGCGCCUAGGAGGCCGCGCCACCCGUCGUUCCCCGCAACAGGGUCGCCGACUAUAGGGCGGAAUCUCGCCAGCCUCCGACGCAGCGCGGCCGGGCCAAGAGAACCUUUCGUCGCAGGCUCCGCCCGCCCCCGCCUCGAGCGGGAGCCGAGUCGGUCCGAGGUGAGGCCGAACAGAGCCGAAAGUUGCCGAGCCCGAAUACUCCCGAGCCUCGGCUCUCCGCCUUCCCCAGUACGAAAGUGCCCGAGCGCUGCCGGACGGGUUGAUCGGGGCCUCGGCCGCGGAUCGGAAGCGCUGGGCGGUCGGGCGCCUUCGGGAGCAGAAGCGAAAAUGGCCGAAGGGCCGCGAAUAGAGGAGCCGAGAGACUGCCGGGAUCGCGGCGGACUAUGGGCGGGGCCGGGCGGCAAGAUGGCUGCCGCGCGGCGAGGGAGAGCUUCGUCGGCGGUGCUCUCCUCCGUCUCACUGCAAGUGCUGCUCUACCUGAGUGCGGCGUAUUACGCCCUGUACUUCCUGGCUACGCUCCUGAUGAUCGGAUAUAAAAGCCAGGUUUUCAGUUAUCCUCGCCCUUACCUGGCCCUCGACCUGACUCUGCUGUUUCUGAUGGGGAUUCUGGAAGCAGGCCGGCUGUACCUGGGCACCAAGGGCAACCUGAUGGAGGCUGAGGUGCCGCUGGCCAGCAGCCUGGUCCUCACGGCGGGCGGCGCCCUGCUGUCCACCUACUUCCUGCUCUGGCAGACCCUGGUGCUGCGGGCAGACUCCAUCCUCAGUGCCACGCUCCUGGCCCUCCAUGGCCUGGAGGCCGUCCUGCAGCUGGUGGCCAUUGCUGCGUUUGUCAGCUAGGGCUCCCGAAGGAGGGCUGAAACCCUGGCACUGACGGGAAGGAGGCAGGGAAUGGGCUGGCGGCAGAGAGCCGCCUUCCAGUGCCCCAGCCUGGGGCCUCAACGUCCCCACAUCCAAGCCUCGGUCAUUAAAAUACCGGGGACGUUUGCACUCCGAUCCACACAUUCUGUUUGUGAGUUUUUCCCCAGUCACAGAUUGUAAGGGCUCCAGAAGGACCCUGAGCUCCUGCUUUCCGGCCCCUUCACUUGUUGGUACUGCGUACCAUCCACGUCGGGAGUAACAUGUUCGGAUAUCUGGAUAUUUUCUCUUUACUGUUUUGUGGAAAUAAAUGUUUAUACCUCACUGAGUU